GGCGCUGCCCGGCUGGGGUGGGUGGGGGGGUUGUGGUGCGCGUGCCAGGGUGGCGCGAUGGCGGCCGCCGUGGGCCUCUCUUCCUCGCCGGGCUCCCCGGCCGUGAGCGAGCUCUGCCAGAACGGGCGGGAGAUCUUCCUGGAGGCGUCGCGGCUGCUCCUUACCUACGCGGACAACAUCCUCCGGAAUCCUUACGAAGAAAAAUAUAGAUUAAUUCGGAUUGGAAAUCCAGCAUUUUCCACGAGGCUGUUGCCUGUCAGAGGAGCAGUUGAAUGUUUAUUUGAGAUGGGGUUUCAAGAGGGAGAAACUCACCUGGUUUUCCCUAAGGAAGCUUCGAUUGAGCAGCUACGUAAAAUCAGAGACUUAAUUGCAGGGGAGAGGAGUAGCAGGCUGAAUGAGUCAAAUCAAAUCGUCAGAUCAGGAUCCUCUGAAACUAUGGCCAGCGCUCAGACAGUUGCACAUCAGCGUUCAAGACCUGCUGACUCUCUUCUUGCCUCUGCCCGUCAACAACCAGAAACAUCACUUGUGCAAUCUCUUGAAAUGGCUGCAAAUAUCUUGAAAGCACUUCAAACAAAAUUUGAGCAUCUUGUAUUGAUGUAUGAGAAUCCUUCUAUUCAGCAGAAAGCACUAGAUUCAAUUCCCCUCCAGCAAUUGAAAGGGAAGGCUCAGAAAAAACUAGCACAAGCUACAAGACUGGACAAAGGUGCACAUGUGAAUGAAGAGGACUUCUUGUUGUUGGAGCUCUUGGACUGGUUUAAGAAUGACUUUUUUCAUUGGGUAAAUAAUCUUCCUUGCAGCAGGUGUGGUGGGCAGACACAGCCUAAAAGUGACUACCUGUUGCCUACUGCUGAUGAUCUAAGGUGGGAUGCCAGCCGAGUGGAAAACCAUUACUGUAACCAGUGUCAGUUGUGUAACAGAUUCCCAAGGUAUAAUAACCCUGAAAAACUUCUGGAAACCAGAUGUGGACGCUGUGGCGAGUGGGCCAACUGUUUUACACUGUGUUGCAGAGCUGCAGGCUUUGAAGCUAGAUAUGUCUGGGACUGUACAGAUCAUGUAUGGACUGAAGUAUAUUCUUCAUCUCAGAAAAGAUGGCUUCACUGUGAUCCCUGUGAAAAUGUCUGUGAUAAACCUCUUCUCUAUGAAACUGGAUGGGGAAAGAAGCUCUCCUACAUAUUUGCAUUCUCUAAAGAUGAGGUUGUUGAUGUCACCUGGAGAUACAGCUGUAAGCAUAAAGAAGUACUCACUAGAAGGACGGCGCUCAGUGAAGCUACACUGCGUGAAACAAUUAAUGCACUAAAUAAAACGAGACAACAAUCUUUGUCAGAAAAUAGAAGAAGAGAGCUCUUGGAAAGAACAAUUGUGGAGCUCGUGGAGUUUGUUUCUCCUAAAACACCUAAACCUGGAGAAUAUGGUGGAAGGACAUCAGGUUCAAUGGCUUGGCGAACAGCCAGAGGUGAAAUUGGUCCAGAGAAAAGAAAAGAAGUAAUUUUUGUCCCCUCUGAAAAAGAGAAAGCAUCUAAACUCUUCCACCUCAUCUACAAUAUAGUAGAAGAUAGUUAUACACGGAUUUCCAGUAAUAAUGAAAAGAUAAGUGGCUGGGAAACAGGUGUUUGGAAGGCAGAGUCUAUCUGGAGAAAGAUUGAAACAGACUGGAAAAUGGUUUAUUUAGCCCGGAAAGAGGGCUCAUCCUCUGCUUCCAUCAGCUGGAAGUUUGAGUGCAAGUCAGUUGGUCUAAAAAUAGAUAACAUUUCAGUUAGGACAAGCAGUCAGACAUUUCAGAGUGGAAGAAUAAAGUGGAGGCUUUGCUCUUCAACAGCAGAAAUUGCUCUGAUAGGAGACAAAAAUCUUUGCUCCUAUUCAGAUUUUUCUGGUGCAACAGAAGUUACGUUGGAAGCAAUACUAAGUGGAGGGGACGGUGAAAAUGCAUGGCAACACACACAGCUAUUUAGAGAGAGCUUAACAGGAUGUGGAGAAAAUUGCUUGGAGAUAAUUAUAAAGCUCAGUGACCUCUGAGAACCUGAACUGAAGAGAUGUUCUUUGGAUUUCUAGAAGAUGUUAUACCAUGGAUAAAACAUGAAGAUUUGCUUGGCAGUUCCCGUUCGUCCUGCUGGCAUUUUAUUUCCUGUUUCGCUUCUUCCAUUUAGUCAACUUGAAACUGCACGUGUAUUGAAUAGGUAAACAUCACAAUGAAAACCUCUUCGCUUUAAAAACAAACGCAAAAAUUAAGGGAUUGAAACAUUAAAUACCCUUUUUAAAAAUUUAUGAUUAAAAGGAAACUGUUUUAGAAAGCAAAACGUGACCGUAAGAGCACAGAGCAAUUGUAAUUGAUUUUAAUUUGUAGUUUUGUGGUUAGCUUGCUGUUUUGUUUUUUUUUCUUAUAAUCUGUUCCUUGGAAAAACAGUUUGAAUUCCAUUUUCCGAUUACAACAGAUGCUUGUGAUGAUUUUAAAAUAUUUUAAAGAAUAAUAGAAGACUUAAGCAUUUUAAGAGAAAAAUAUGAUUUUAUGUAAUAACCAGAAGAACUGAAAUUAAGAUAAAUAUUGAAACAAUCUUAAAAUGAUCUUGUUAUAUGUCUAAGUAUUAAACUUCUGUUUAAUACCUAGAAAUGUUUGGAAAUAUGAUGGUAUGCUAGGAAAAUAAACUUAUUUUGAAAAAAGUGUUAAUUAUGUACCUAAAAUCGUCAUGGUCUGUGAUAUGAAACCAAGACUUAAAAUUGAGCAAGAACAUCAGAAUUUUUCUAUGAACAAAUAGCUUAUUCAUUAUUAAUACUUUUUAAUUACAUACAUUAAAAUUUGCCCAUUUUUAAAGAAGACUUAUUAAGUGUGUAGGUUGAAAACAGUUUUUAAGCUAUUGUCUUGAGUUACUUUAAAUGCUUUUCUCAAAUUUAAUGUAAAAGUAGAUGCAGUUUUUCUGUUUCUUAAUGCAGUGUUCAAAUUUCUUUGCAUUGACUAUAAUAAAAACUGCCACCCAGGAGAUGUCA